GCGAGGGGCGGUGGCAGGAAAGAGGAAGGAGGGAGACUGAAAGAGAGGAAGCAAAAAUGGGGAAGAAACAGAGCAGGGAAGAAAAAGAGAAAGAGAGAAGGAGAUCGUGGGAGACGUGAAAGAGUGAAGGAUUGGAAGGAGGGAGGGUGGUGUCAAAGCCAGAUUUUUAUUGGAAGCAACUGAAGUGGUUGCUAUGAGACCCGCUGGAGCAGAGGACCAGCAGCCAGCCCGACGCUGAUGGUUCUCACCGCGUUCUAAACCUUUCUUUUGACACAGUUUUAGAGUUGUUUAAUAUCUGAGCAAGCACCUGACACCGGUGACUUUUUUCUUCUCACAGUCCCUCGGGUAAGAUGGAGGUAGAAAAUGAAGCCAGCUGCUCCGCGGGCAGCGCAUCAGGCGGGUCCAGAGAGUACAAGGUGGUGAUGCUGGGAGCAGGGGGAGUUGGUAAAAGCGCAAUGACAAUGCAGUUUAUUAGUCAUCAAUUCCCUGAUUAUCAUGACCCUACUAUAGAAGAUGCUUAUAAGACCCAGGUUAGGAUUGACAAUGAGCCAGCUUAUUUGGACAUCUUGGACACUGCUGGUCAGGCAGAAUUCACAGCCAUGCGGGAGCAGUACAUGCGAGGUGGCGAGGGCUUCAUCAUCUGCUACUCCAUCACUGACCGCCAAUCCUUCCAGGAGGCCGCCAAGUUUAAAGAGCUCAUUUUUCAGGUCCGCCACACCUACGAAAUUCCUCUGGUGCUGGUGGGCAACAAAAUUGACCUGGAACACUUCCGCCAGGUCUCUACAGAAGAAGGCUGGAGCCUGGCCCGCGAAUAUAACUGUGCUUUCUUUGAGACGUCUGCGGCCCUCAGAUUCUGUAUCGAUGAUGCUUUUCACGGCUUAGUGAGGGAAAUCCGCAAGAAAGAGUCCAUGCCCUCCCUGAUGGAAAAGAAACUGAAGAGAAAAGACAGCCUGUGGAAGAAGUUAAAAGGCUCAUUGAAGAAGAAGAAAGAAAACAUGACAUGAUAUCCCUACUUCUGACUCCCUCACUCUUUCUCGCUCUGAAUUUUAUUCGAUGGACAGUUCCAGAUGUAGCAUUUUGCUUCAAUGUUCUCUGUUUGUCUCCUUCUCUUUAAAUAUCUGCCUGUAGGUGCAAGCAAGAUCUGUAUAACUGUACCUCUUGAGAUAGUUUUGUUUUGCCUCUAACAGUUGGAUGGAUUUUGUCAAUCAGUCAGAUAUGCUGUUUAGUUUUUACAAUAUAUUACUAAAUAAAAUUGACAUUCUAAUUGCCUCAUUUCCCUUUACAGAGUCUAGCUUCAUUUGGUAUGCUGUCUGGUUAUAGAGGAAAUAUUCAAAAUUGCAGCCAGAAUGAUAAAAGGCUCUGGGGAUCUGCCUUUGCCUGAUAAGACUCUGGAUGUUUGCAUUUCAGGAACCUCAGUAAAUAAUGAAGCAGCUCAGGAAAUAAUUCAGAGAUGAAGUCUGCAAGCUGGUCUUUCCUUAAGUGGAGAAGUCAUGGUGCUUCUUCUUGAAUGCUUGAGAGUUGAGCUAUAGGUGAAUUAUUAAUGGUAAGAACUGGCUUUGGGCCAUUGAAGACCUAAAAAGAAAUGAAAUCUCCUCAUAUUUACAAUGCGCUGCCCCUGUUAAGCACUGGCAAAACUAUCACAGUGAAAUCAUUGGGCUGUGGCAAAAGGACAUUGUCACAGAGGAGGACGGGAAUGUCUGCUACAAAUUUGGUGAUUUACGUAUUCCUUAAAGGAUACACUGUUCUCUCUCAGUGAAAGGUUCCUUUUAGGACUGCUUUGCCUGCAUGAGCACUGUCUGCAAGGCAAAAAGUUUGG